AUGUCGCUCACAAACAUGGCCAUGACCACAGACCCCGAAAAGGCAGAGCAAGAAGCUGGAGGCCCGGUUCAAUCACGUCGCGAGAGCGCGGAAGAGUACAAGCCGCCUGCUCUCCCUCUCCAACAAGCACUUCCCAUGACCGGUGGCGAUCCAGGCGACCCAAAGCCAGCUGAUGCAACAUCCAGCCUCAUACUCCACGAGCCAGAGAUGGCUUAUAACUCCAAACAAUCCAUCGCUCGGAAAGGUAGGGACGAGGAGCUUCGACUUGCACAGGUGGACAUCAAGGCCAGGCUCGAUGAAGUGGACAGCGGUCUGCGCGAGCUGAAAGCGAAGCUCAAGGCCAAGGAAGAUCUUAUCACAGCACGCCGCAAUUUAUCAAAACACGCCGCCGCUGCAGAGAAAAAGUUGAACAUCAAAAUCGAGAAAGCGAAAGAGCAGAUAAGCGCCAGGGAGGAGCAAGCCGCGUUGCGCCGUACCAAAAAGAACAACAUGCGCGAGAAGUGGGCCCAGAAGCAGACGACGGACUACGAGCAGCGAGAGGCGAAACGCAGCGAGCAAACACGACAGGAAUCAGAGAUGGACGAUGUUGAGAAGUUGGCAAGCGCAGGAGCUGUGACGGAGCCUACCGACUGGGACGACUUCGAUAUCGAUAUCUAUGACGAAUAG